GACAGAAUUAGUUGAAGCAUGUCAUGCACUCACACAGACAUGCCUGCAUGCGUAUGUUUGGUGAAGUUUUUAGCCAGGAGUAAGCCUCUGUAUCUAGCAUUUCUCUGUUUUCUUUUAUAGAAGUCCAUGCUUUGCGAUCUGAUGUCCACUGAGAAAGUUAGUUGAUGAAUGGCUUGUGAGAGCUGUACAAGAUAUGUUAAAGGGUGUAGUCAGCAAAUCAUGGCAAUCAUUUGUUAUUAUCAACAUGAUGCAUUAAGUGCUUAUAGCCAGCAGGCUUGUUUGGCGAAACUAAAAGCAUCAGUUCCAAAACUUACAGAUUUGGAGACAGAAAUCUGCUACUAUGUAUCUUGUCAGGAAAAAGAAAUUUCUCUGAAAGAUGAAGAGAAACUGACUUGGAUCCUAAGUAAACCAUUUUGUCAAAAAAAUCUGAGAAAAACAUCUUUUUUUGGAGAACAUGCAGAGAAUUGUCUUUUCGUGGAAAUUGGACCCAGGUUAAACUUUUCUACACCCUUUUCAACAAAUGCUGUUUCUAUUUGUCGAUCUGUUGGCCUUCAAAAUAUUGAUCGGAUUGAGGUGUCUGUGGCAUAUUUACUGAAAGCCAACUCUAAUGAAACAUUUUCUAAAGAAGAGGAAGAAAAACUGGUUGCAUUGCUUCAUGACAAAAUGACACAGUGUCGAUACAUGAAACCAUUGGAAACAUUCGAACUAAAAGUUAAAACUGAAGCUGUGUAUGAAAUCGAUGUUCUUAAAGAGGGUCAGAAAGCCUUAGAAAAAGCUAAUGCAGAUCUUGGUCUAGCUUUUGAUCAAUGGGACCUAGAAUAUUAUACUAAACUGUUUCAAGAGAAAAUCCAACGGAAUCCAACCAGUGUUGAAUGUUUUGACUUGGCUCAGUCAAACAGUGAACAUAGUCGGCAUUGGUUCUUCAAAGGGAUCAUGAUAUUGGACGGAGAAAUUCAAACCAAAUCUUUGUUUCGUAUGGUUAUGGACACCCAAGAUUUCAGCAACAACAAUAGUAUCAUUAAAUUCAAUGACAAUAGUAGUGCUAUUGAUGGUUUUGAAGUAAGUGUCUUGUUACCUGAAGACAGUUCCAAAGCUAGUCCUUUUGUGGUAAAAGAAAAACAGAAGAGACAUAUUAUUUUUACUGCAGAGACUCAUAAUUUCCCUACAGGAGUUGCUCCUUUUCCUGGGGCCACUACAGGUACUGGUGGUAGAAUUCGAGAUGUUCACUGUACUGGACGAGGUGCACAUGUUGUGGCAGGCACAGCUGGUUACAGUUUUGGAAAUCUUAAUAUACCUGGUUAUGUUCAACCAUGGGAAGAAGAAAAAAAAUUUGAUGGUCCUGUAAAGUUUGCUUCUGCUUUGGAUGUUGCUAUUGAAGCAAGUAAUGGUGCCUCAGACUAUGGCAACAAAUUUGGAGAACCAGUUCUUGCUGGUUUUGCUCGUUCUUUCGGUCUUUGCUUACCAAAUGGAGAAUGGAAAGAGUAUGUAAAACCAAUAAUGUUUAGUGCUGGAAUUGGAAUGCUGGAAGAUAUGCAUAUAAAAAAACAAGUAGCAGAAGAAGGAAUGGAAGUGGUAAAAAUUGGUGGCCCUGUUUAUCGUAUCGGUGUUGGGGGUGGUGCAGCAUCUUCUGUUGAAGUUCAAGGUGACAACAAAUCUGAUUUGGAUUUUAAUGCUGUUCAAAGAGGAGAUGCCGAAAUGGAACAGAAGUUGAACCGAUUGAUACGUUCAUGUAUAGAAUUGAAGGAAGGGAACCCAAUCCUCAGUAUUCAUGACCAAGGAGCUGGUGGAAAUGGAAAUGUAUUGAAAGAAUUAGUUGAACCAGCUGGUGCUGAAAUCUUUGCUGAUAAUUUCAUUUUGGCUGACCCCACCAUCAGUGCUUUGGAACUUUGGGGAGCUGAAUAUCAAGAGUCCAAUGCUUUAUUAUUAAUGCCAAAGGAUCAUCAACUCCUAGAAAAAAUAAGUCAACGGGAACGAUGUCCUGUCAGUUUUGUUGGCAGAGUCACUGGAGAUGGAAAGAUCAAAUUAAAUGGUUUUUCUAGUACUUCAGAUGGUUGUUCAGAUCCCAAACGUUUUAAAGAUAUUUUACCAGUAAAUCUAGAUUUAAAGCAUGUUCUUGGUUCUAUGCCACAAAAGAAUUUCAAGCUUGAUCACCUUACGUUGGACCUAAAGCCACUGUCACUUCCUAUUGAAUUAACAUUGAGAGAGUCCUUAGAGAGGGUUUUACGACUCCCAGCUGUUGCAAGUAAACGAUAUCUCACAAACAAGGUGGAUCGGUCAGUUACUGGCCUGGUUGCUCAACAACAAUGUGUAGGCUAUUUACACACACCCCUCUCUGAUGUUGCAGUCACAGCUCUUUCUUAUUUUGAUACGGUUGGUUCAGCAACUGCAAUUGGUGAACAACCAAUUAAAGGCCUUGUUAAUCCAUGCUGCGGAGCUCGAAUGUCUGUUGGUGAAUCAUUGACCAAUUUGAUAUUUGCUCCUGUUACUGCUCUUAAGGAUGUUAAGUGUAGUAGUAACUGGAUGUGGGCUGCAAAGUUGGCAGGAGAAGGUGCUGCUCUCUAUGAUGCCUGCAAAUCAAUGUGUGACAUUAUGAAGCAGCUUGGUAUCGCAGUUGAUGGUGGAAAAGACUCACUCAGCAUGGCUGCUAGAGUUGGUUCACAAACUAUAAAAGCUCCAGGGACAUUGGUUGUGUCUACAUAUGUUGGCUGUCCUGACAUUAGAUUGAGUGUAACACCUGAUUUGAAGUGUUCUCAAGGAAGAGGAAUUUUACUCCAUGUUGAUCCUAGCUGUGGUCAACACAGAAUUGGUGGAUCAGCCCUAGCACAGUGCUUUAAACAACUGGGCAAGGAUGUUCCUGAUCUUGAAAGACCAGAUAUAUUCAAAUCAAUGUUUGAUGUAACUCAACAAUGUAUAUCAGAUAGAUUAAUUUCCUCUGGGCAUGAUAUUAGUGAUGGUGGUUUAAUUACAUGUGCCUUGGAGAUGGCUUUUGCUGGUAACUGUAGCAUGCACCUUCAUUUUGAAAAUACUGCAAAUGAUCCUCCUCUUGAGUUGCUGUUUGCUGAGGAACUUGGGCUAAUUUUAGAAUUGAGAGAUGAUAACCAGCAAAUGGUUAUAUCUCGAUACAAAGAAGCUGGAGUGCCUUGUUCUAUUAUUGGUUAUUGCUCUGAGGAAAAUGUGCCUAAGGUGACAGUUUCUGUGUCAAACCAAGAAUUAUUGAACAUGAAAUUAGCUGAUCUGCGUGACAUCUGGGAGGAGACAAGUUACCAGCUUGAAAAAAGACAAACUACUAUUGCCUGUGCUGAGGCUGAAAGAAAAAGUUUCAGAAUGAGAAAGAAACCACGAUACACCUUUAAUUAUGAUCUUAGUCAACUGUACAAUCCUCAUUCAUUUAUUUUGCCACAGCAUAGUCCAAGUAUUGCAAUCAUUCGGGAAGAAGGAAGUAAUGGAGAUCGUGAAAUGGCAGCGGCGUUCCAUUAUGUUGGUUUUCAAACUUGGGAUGUCAACAUGCAAGAUUUGUGUUCUGGCAACAUAACACUGGAUCAAUUUCGAGGCAUAGCUUUCGUUGGAGGUUUUAGUUAUGCGGAUGUGUGUGGCUCAGCCAAAGGCUGGGCAGCAACUGCUAUGUUCAAUAAAAAUGUGAAAGAAGAAUUCAAGAAAUUCUUUGAUCGAGAUGAUACUUUUAGUUUCGGAGUGUGUAAUGGUUGUCAACUUAUGUCUCUUCUAGGCUGGGUUGCUCCUUACCAAGACGACUCUAUCACUACAGUUCUCCCAUUAGAUCAUAGUGUAACACCUGGAGGAUUGUUUUUGGAUGCAAACAGUUCUGAGAGAUUUGAAUCUCGUUUUGUGACUGCAAAAGUGUCAGAAAGCCCUGCAAUUAUGUUUGAAGGAAUGGCUGGAACAGUUUUUGGAAUAUGGGUCUCACAUGGUGAAGGUAAGAUGCAAUUUAAAUCAGACUCUCUAUACAGAAAUCUGAAAGACAAACAAUUAAUCCCUCUUCACUAUGUUAAUGAUGAUGGGAUACCAACAUCAGAAUAUCCAUUCAAUCCCAAUGGCUCACCAGAUGGAGUUGCUGCUGUUUGCUCAGAAAAUGGCCGCCACGUAGCUAUUAUGCCUCACCCAGAACGGUGCUUUUUGGCAUGGCAAUGUCCUUGGUUACCACUAAAUAUGUGUGAUGAUCUCCAAGUUACACCAUGGUUGAAAUUAUUUGCCAAUGCUUAUAACUGGUGUCAGACAAUUCAAUAAAAAAAAAAAAAAUACAAUUUUAUAAAAUUUUUCCUAUCUAUAAAUUUCAGCUCUGAAAUUUGGUUAAAGAAUUUUUUCAACUCUAAUUUUUAUAAUAAUUCUUUUGAUAUGAAAUAAAGCAAUAAUACUUUA